AACUUUUGUAAUUUAUUAUCUGUUUUUUAUGCAACGUUUUUGAUCUGCCCACGAAUGGUCAACUCAAUGCAAGGUUUUUGUUAUAUUUAAAAAAUAUGUUUUAAAUGACAGUCGUACUUGCCUUCGCCGCCAGAUUUUAUCUUUGAUGCGCAUCCGUCGCGAUGACAUGUCACCGGCCGGGACUGAACAUAAAAAAAAAUCCCCACAAAUAAAGCUUUAUUAGUUAGUGAUCACAUGUUUGCUGGUCCAGUUUCCUCCAAGCACUCUGCAGCGGCGGACCACAUGACACAGCGCUCCGUGGUGUUAGAGUGGACGAAAAUCAGGUGUGAUUUCUUGUAAAUAACUUGUUUGUAUAUACUGUAAAUGAUGACGUCCAUGGGCGGAAACCGGGCCCGGGGCAAUUGGGAACAGACGCAGCAAGGCCAGACGCAGGGUCCGACACAGCACAAGCAAAGGCCUCAGGCUACCGCGGAGCAGAUUCGACUUGCGCAGAUGAUUUCUGACCACAAUGAUGCAGACUUUGAGGAGAAGGUCAAACAGCUCAUUGACAUCACGGGCAAGGACCAGGAUGAGUCGAUGAUCGCGCUGCACGACUGCAACGGGGAUGUCAAUCGAGCCAUCAACGUGCUACUGGAGGGGAGCCCAGACACCGACUCGUGGGAGAUGGUGGGGAAGAAAAAAGGCGUUUCAGGCCAGAAGGAGGCCAGCCAGCUGGAGAUCGGCGAGGAUGGGAAAGAGAACCGGGAGAAAACAGAGAAGGAUGUCGUACGUCGGCGAGGGGGAGCUCCUCGCAGGGGGCGUGGGGCAAUCAGAGGGCGAGAGUUCCGAGGUCAAGAGAACGGCUUGGACGGAAACAAGAUGGCAGUUGUAGGCCGGGGUGCGGAGCGAGGCCGGAGGGGCCGCGGACGAGGAAGAGGGACACUUGGAGCGACAGGGCGGCGAGGAGGCAGAUUCUCAGCGCAAGGCAUGGGAACCUUCAAUCCUGCUGACUAUGCCGAGCCAAGCCAGACGGAUGAAAACUACUGUGGAGGCAGCACCUGGAACAACACAGGAGGCGUGGAGGCAGAAGAAGGAGCUUGUUUGGAAUACACUCCGGGGGACGCAACCACUUACCCACCUAAGUUUGAGUCUGCACCCGGUGCCUGGAGGACACCCACAGAGGAAUGGGGCACCGAGGACUGGAAUGAGGAUUUGUCAGAGACCAAGAUAUUCACAGCUUCCACCGUGGCAACCAUUCCACCACCGCAAGAGAAUGUCACCAUCACCAAAGGACAGAGGAUUGACCUCGCGGUGCUCUUGGGGAAGACUCCCCCGUCGUCCUCAUCUGAAACGGAAACCCAACCCAUGGAGUCCCCCCAGCCCUCAACCUUGCCCCAGUCACUGGUUUUCAGCAACUCUAAGCAAGGACCCCCUAUCUCCCAAACCACCUCCGGCGCACCUUACACCCAGCACGGCAUGGCCAGCAUGCUGAACAAGAGUUUUGGGGAGGGAGCUGACCAGAAACCCAGUACAACCAGCGGUACCACGGGCUCCCAGUUCCUGGAGCAGUAUAAAACAGCCCAGGCGCUGGCUCAGUUGGCCGCCCAGCAUUCCCAAACUGCGCCCCCUAACGCCAACCCCCCGUCCUGGGACAAUGGUGCCAACUCGCGGGCACAAUAUGAUAUGAAGACUCAACCGGAGUCGGCCAUCCACACGCCUUUCACGAAGCGCCCACCAUUCCAGGCCGCCGCCGCCGCCACCGCCACCGCCACCACCACCACCACGUCGUCAAUGUUGGAAGUUUUCCUGCCAGCUGCCGCCUCCUCCGCUUCCUCCUUGCCGCCGCAGACGACGUCCUCGUCACAUGCCGCGCUGCCGCCCGCCUCCCCGCAUCCGAAAAUGGCACCGGUCACGUCGCUGGCUCAGCAGGUUUCUCCGACUUCCUCGGGCGCGCAGGCCUCCAGUCCGCUGCCUCUACAGCAACACAAACUCAGACCGCAGAAGAAGAGGACCUCCAUUGCAACAAAGAUUCCGGCGAUGGCGGUGGAAAUGCCGGGCUCGACGGACAUCUCCGGACUCAACCUCCAGUUUGGAGCGCUGCAGUUCGGCUCGGAGCACGGGCUGCCAGAGUACGAGUCGGUAUCCUCCAACGCGGCGCCCGUCAACCCGAUGCAGAAUAGCAUCUACGCCGCCCCCAACAGCGAGUCAACUCCAGCUCUUUCCAACUCCAGUCAGAUGGACAUGUAUGAGCAGCGGGGGCCUCAAACGCGACGUUACCCUCCCUCCGUUUCCUCCUCCCCGCAGAAGGACAUGCAGCCCAAGAACGGCUUCAAUUCACUACAAGCAGUGCAGUCUGUGGAAGCUGCAGCAGGUUCUGCAGUCGCCAUUAAGCCCACGCCGGACUCUGUGACAGCACCUACCCCGGUAGCCGGCAUGGGCGCUUUGUCGGACGGCGGCUCCGGUCCGGGCUCCCUGCUGACGACGUCCAACCAGGCGUCGCUCGCGGCCCUCGGGCAGGGCGAAGAGCUGCCACCGAGCACUGUCCCACCUCCUCAGCACAACAGUGCGCUCUCGUCGCAGCAGAACAAUCUUGCUCCAUCGUCGGGUCGAAUAUCCAACUCAAAUUUACUGCACUCAAACGCAGAUGGCGACUCCAGCCUCCAUUCCUCCUCAUUCCCCUCCGUCUCAGCGGUGUCCUCGUCCUCGGUCCCUUCGGCUUCUUCAGCUGCCGCCGCCGCGCAGGUGUCGCUGGGGGCCCCGGUCUCCGCGCCAUCUGGUCUUGGCCCAGUAAGCAACAUGUCCAUGGGGCUCAACACGGUGUCCAUGGGCGCGCAGGGUGUGGCCUUGCCCCCCGCCGCCGUCUCGAAUUCUGCGGCGGCGGCGGCAGCAGCGGCGGCGGCAGCAGCAGCAGCAGCAGCCGCCUCUGCCGCUCCCUCAGCGAAUUCCUUGUCGUCGCGCAACUCUGCAGUACCCUCAGGAAAAGCACCUCCAAAUUUGCCCCCUGGAGUGUCGCCUCUGCUUCCCAAUCCCUACAUCAUGACCCCGGGACUACUGCAUCCCUACCCAACUCAGGUGUACGGCUACGACGACCUGCAGAUGCUGCAGACAAGAAUACCGUUGGAUUAUUACAGCAUUCCGUUUGCAACCCCGACAACGGCAUUAACUGGCAGAGAGGCCAGCUUGACCAACAACCCGUACUCCGGCGACUUAUCCAAGUUCGGUCGAGGCGACGCAUCCUCGCCGGCCCCUGCCACCACUUUGGCGCAGAAUCAGCAGCAGAAUCAGGCGCAGGCGCACCACUCGACCCAGCAGCCUUUCCUCAACCCGGCGCUGCCACCUGGCUACAGCUACACGAGCCUGCCCUACUACACUGGCAUGCCGGGCCUGCCAAACACCUUCCAAUACGGCCCUGCUGUGUUCCCGGUGGCUCCUACCUCGUCAAAGCAACACGGAAUGAAUGUCGGCGCGUCAGCCACACCCUUCCAACAAGCUAGCGGCUAUGGUUCCCAUGGAUACAGCACUGGCUAUGAGGAUGUAGGCCAGGCUUCAGGGAGUGGGGAUUUCUGUAAGGGCGGAUACGGCAAUGCCGUGGCCGCCGCCGCCGUUGCUGCUGCUGCCGCCGCCGCCGCCGCCGCUCAAAACAAGCCGGCCAACUCCGUCAGUGGGCCCGCAGUCGGCGUGUCCGUGACGUCGAGCAACACCGGGGUACCUGAUAUUUCAGGUUCUGUUUACACAAAGACACAGCAGUCAUUUGAGAAGCAGGGUUUCCACACCGGCACGCCCACGCCGUCCUUCAGCCUCCCGUCGGCCCUGGGCAGCGGCGGCCCCAUCAACGCCCAGGCCGCCGCGGGCUACGCCCCGGCCCCCUUCAUGCACAUCCUGGCGCCGCACCAACAGCCCCACUCCCAGAUCCUACACCACCACCUGCAACAGGAUGCACAGAGCGGCAGUGGACAGCGCAAUCAGACCGCGUCCCUCCAGCAGAAGUCUCAGAUCAACAAAUCUGCGUACAAUAGCUACAGCUGGGGGGGGAACUAGCAUCCAGCGCCGGAGCCCCCUGGACCCCCCCCCCUCCCCCAACGUCCGCUCGCUCACAAGCAGAAGCUGUGAUUGAGCGGUCAGGCCUCAUCUUCUGAAAACCAACUCCUUGUAGGUUUCUUCCUGCUGAGUUCCCCUCCGCCUGUUUUCCCCCCAUCUACUCAUCCCCUUUGUGAGGAUGUGCCGGAAUGAAUUCAGGAAGGGGUAAAAAUGGUUAGCAAAACAUGUUAAGUGUUUGGGGAAUUUGUAUUCUUUUCAAUCCUGAACCAGCCCUUUGAAUUAAGCUGUAACAAAAUCAUUUCCUAAAGAGAACACGGUUUUCCAUAUGGUUCUUUGUUAUUAUGCUCUCGAUCAGCUAGCCCCCACCCCGUCUUUUUUUUUUUUUUUUUUUUUUAACCCCAUACUAAUUGGGAGGGAUGAAGUCAUGUGGGACGGUGGCCAUGGAGGGUUCGGUGCUGCUUUUUCUCCCCCCCCCACACCUCCCCUCUGCACAAUCUAUUCAUUUCCUUGAUUGUUUGGUUUCUCCCCCUCCUGCACCCCAUGUUUUAUGUCAUUUUUAAGUUGGAAGAAAAAUUCUCUAAAUUUGGAAGACUUGUGAAGUUUAUUUUUUACUAAAUAUAUAUAUAUAUAUAUAUAUAUAUAUAAAUAUAUAAGAGCUGGCUUGGAGUGAGGAUGUUUGUCAUGUGAUCGCGUGCAUGUUUGUACACAUAAAAGGAGUAAGGAGGGGUAGGUUGUUUGGAUAUAUUCCCCCCCCCCCCCCAGCACAGACUUUUCAAAGUGUAUAAAUUAUGUACAUUAACUGUUACCAUAAGAAUAUGUUGUCACAGAAGUUACUCAAUGGCCCCUCCUGAGACCAAUCUGCAGCCCGACCUGCCUUCCAAUGAUUUAUUAAGUAAUUUCUUUAACGUUUGGGAGACCUCCAUGCGCCACCAUCCCUUCCUGCACAUUUUCAAGGAAACCUUGCAGCAUCCAAUACUGAUGUACAAAAUUGUACUUUUUUUUUUUGUCAGUGAUUUUUUUUUUUUUUUUUGUACUGUGCAUUUUAAAAAAAAAUGUAAAUGGAAAAACUUGUCUUGUACAUAUAAACAAAGUACUGUAGUGCCUGUUUGUUUGCUUUACUCAGAUUCAUUGCAGAUCUUAUUAGACCUUUUGUUCCUUUUUUUAUUUUGUAAAAAUAUAUAAAUAAUAAAGAAGGUCAAAGACAUUUUCAUCAUUUUGAGGGAUGUUGAUGUCUUAACAAUCCGUAUUUUUGUUUUC